AGAGCUUCAACACUUCGUUCCCCCAAGUCCGUGUGGUGACAGCAACAACUGAGACUGAAGAUGUCUGCAGGCAACGCAAGAAUUGGAAAGCUGGCCCCAGACUUCACAGCCAAAGCGGUGAUGCCAGAUGGACAGUUCAAUGACUUGAAGCUGUCGGACUACAGAGGGAAGUAUGUGGUCUUUUUCUUCUAUCCGCUGGACUUCACCUUUGUGUGUCCGACUGAGAUCAUCGCUUUUAGUGACGCCGCCGAGGAUUUCAGGAAGAUCGGCUGUGAGGUGAUCGCCGCCUCUGUGGACUCCCACUUCUCCCAUUUCGCAUGGACCAACACACCACGUAAGCAGGGUGGCCUGGGCAGCAUGAAGAUUCCUCUGGUAUCCGACACGCGACGCACCAUCUCCACAGAUUAUGGUGUUCUCAAAGAGGAUGAGGGCAUCGCCUACAGGGGUCUGUUCAUCAUUGACGACAAGGGCAUCCUGAGACAGAUCACCAUCAAUGACCUCCCAGUUGGACGCUCGGUUGAGGAGACCUUGCGUUUGGUCCAAGCCUUUCAGUUCACCGACAAGCACGGAGAAGUCUGCCCAGCCGGCUGGAAACCAGGAAGCGACACCAUCAAGCCCGACGUCCAGCAGAGCAAAGACUUCUUCUCCAAGCAGUGAUAAACCCAAGGCCAGAGUCUGUCACCUGCUGUAGGAGAUUUCAUUUCAUAGUCACAUUUUCCAACGAUAUUUAAGUCAGCUGCUGUGCCUGUGGAGGAGUGUUUAGGAGACUGUUGAUGUAGUCAACAUGUUGUGUGUGUUUUGUUGUUUGUAGAGUUACAAGUGCACUUAGACCAAAGUAUAAAACUGUGUAGUAAUGCUGCGGUAAUGUCGGUUGUAUGCACCGUCUGACAGAGCUAAAUGUCAGUUUGUUUCAUCUUGUCAUUCCACACUGUUGUUAGGUGCAAACAUUUUCAUUGGGAAGAAGCCAGAAACACUUCUGCUUUUUAUGUUGUUUUUUUAUUUUUACAUUGGACAACAUAUGUUCUUUCAUCCAAAUAAAGAAUUCAGAAAACCGCUCACAUCAACAAA